AUGCCGCUCCCAAUUAAAGAGACUGUGGCGCGUUUCGCUCUUUCAAAGCUCCUAUUGCUAUCCUACAUCAUCGAUUGGGUGUUCAUCAUUGGCAUUGCCUUGAUCGGCUAUGGCUUCUAUAGACAAGGACCAAACCAACAUGCGUUCAGCCUGACAGACCCGACCAUCAGCUUUCCCCUGCAUAAGGAAACCGUUUCAACCGCAUGUCUGAUCCUGGUGGGCCUCUUCGCACCAGCCGUCCUGAUCUUCCUGAUCUCCUGGAUCCUCGUCCCAGCUAACGCGACCAUGCACGGCGCGGGAACCAGAUCGCCCGUGCAAUAUAUCCGUCGCAAGUUCUGGGAUUGGAACGCCGGCUGGAUGGGACUUGCACUGGCUGUAGCGAGCGCCUGGUCUGCCACACAAGGGUUGAAGGUGCUAGUCGGGAAACCGCGGCCGGAUCUACUGGCGCGAUGUAAUCCUGAUCUCUCGCGGAUUGCGGAGUUCACAGUGGGUGGAUUGGGGGGUCAAUUGCGCGGAGCGGCGACAUUGGUCUCAUGGGAGAUUUGCCGUGACCAAUCGAAUUCAUUGCGCAUAGAUGGAUUUGCUAGUUUCCCUAGUGGUCAUUCUUCCUUCGCCUUCGCUGGCCUAUUCUACCUCACUCUCUGGCUGUGCUCGAAAUUCUCAGUCGGAUUCCCCUAUCUGCCUCAAUACCCGGUUGAAGACCAGAGCUUUACGAAUGACAAGUCGUCGGUGCGAACUCGUGGUGCUGCGCCGCCGACAUAUCUCAUGGUACUUGCUUUCUUCCCAACCGCAACAGCAACCUUUAUUGCCGGAUCGCGCUGGUUCAACUACAAACACCACGGAUUCGACAUCCUCUUCGGUUCUGCAAUCGGCAUCUUCUUCGCGUACAUCGGCUUCUACAUGUAUCAUCUCCCGAUUAGACGGGGAGCCGGCUGGGCAUGGGGUGCCAGGAGUCGUGGCCGCGCCUUCAUCCGCGGCGUGGGAUUCCCAAGCUCGCUUGGAACGGACGGUUGGGCGUUUGAUGCGCGCGAGGCAAGAGGACCUGCGGACGUGGAGAACGCGCCGGGGAUGCAGCAGGCACCAUAUGGGCAUCCGAAGCCUGGCAGCGCCGAGGGCGCCAGGCUUGAGGCUUGA